CUGAAUACUCAGGAGCGAGUGCGAGCUGAACUCUCUGCGGUGCAGAGCUGGACAAACACAGCACCCAUCCACCUCAACGCUGCUUCACUGGCUUAAGGAGAUAUUUUGGAGUACCCGGGAUUGGGACGGGAGCCCUUGUCCGGUACUUAUUUUUGUCUUUUAUUUAUAUUUUGAGUUCGACGGGACGCGACUUUCUCCAGAACUGUCCAAAGACUGCAGCUGUCGAGCUCUGUGCGUCCGCGUGAGGCAAAUGACUUUUGCAGUGCAUUAGUCCAGAAAGUUGUUAUUUUUUUAUUAUUAUUUUUUUGCUCUCUCUCGCUUUCUCCCGUUUGAACAUUUCGAGCGACUCUGCAUGCUCCAGCGCUCGAGCGCGUCGCGUUCGGAGACCCAUCCAGAAAACUGCAUGCGCAAAGAGAGGGAAGAAAAGCAAAAGUCGAGUUUCGCGACGCUGGUAAACACUUUGCUGAAGAACAGGGACACGAUGAGCGGCGAUCUCGCCAUGGGGCCCGAGCUGCCCACCAGCCCGCUGGCGUUGGAAUAUGUCAAUGACUUUGAUUUGAUGAAAUUCGAGGUGAAGAAAGAGGCCUUGGCGGGACUCGACCGCUCCAACAUACGGCAAUGCAAUCGCCUCCAGCCGCAGGGCUCCGUGUCCUCGACUCCGAUUAGCACCCCGUGCAGCUCCGUGCCGUCCUCCCCGAGCUUCAGCCCCACAGAGCAGAAGAACCAUCUGGAGGAGCUGUACUGGAUGCCCAGCGGCGCGUACCCGCAGCAGAUCGACCCGCAGACGCUAAGCCUGACGCCCGAAGACGCGGUGGAGGCUCUGAUCGGUGCCACGGCGCACGGGCACCCUCCGCCCCCUCAUUUGCAGCAGCAGUUGCAAGCAGGAGGCUUUGAGGGAUACAGGGGCGCGCAUCACCACCACGGUCACGCGCAGCAGCAGCACCAAUACGGCGCUAUCCCGCAUCACCCCGACGACCUGCAAAGUCACCCCGGCGCCCACGGCCACCACCAUCACCACCACCACCACAGUCAGGACCCCGACAGCCCUUCUCCUACCUCACCCGGGGCCCACCAGCAGCUCCACCACCGUCACCACCACCAUCACCACCCGCACGCCCACCCCGGCCAGCAGGGUCACCACGGUGUGGGUGGAGGCCUGAGCGUGGAGGACCGCUUCUCCGACGACCAGCUGGUGUCCAUGACCGUACGGGAGCUCAACCGACACCUGCGGGGCUUCACCAAGGACGAGGUGAUCCGCCUGAAGCAGAAACGCCGGACCCUGAAGAACCGGGGUUACGCGCAGUCGUGCCGCUACAAGCGCGUGCAGCAGAAGCACGUGCUGGAGAACGAGAAGACGCAUCUCGUCACCCAGGUAGAGCAGCUCAAGCAAGAGAUCAACCGGCUGGCCCGAGAGAGAGACGCCUACAAACUCAAGUGCGAGAAACUGAGCGGAGCGAACGGGUUCCGCGAGGCAGGCUCCACGAGCGACAACCCGUCCUCUCCCGAGUUCUUCAUGUGAGUGUGUGUUUCCUAUGCCUGAGAGACUCUGCGCUCAUUCAGAUAACAGCAGAUACAGUACUCAUAUUAGAAGAAUAAUCCACAAGAAAUAAUAAUCUCAUAUCUAAUCAUCGCCACCGAUCUUGGCAACUAAAAUGCGAAGAACAUGUUAGAAUGUUUUCUGGGAAAUGUAGUUUAGUUGCUUGUAGUAAUUUAACCCCUUUAGUAGAGAUCUCACAACAAAAAGAAAAGCGAAGGACUGGCUUUUGUAGGCUACUUCAGAUAAAACCUUCUUUCCAUCUUCUGGUUUGUUCUCGGUUGUUCAGGAAAAAAAAAGUGCUGAACGGGGAGAGAAACUUUGGACUUUUUUUUUCUUUUCCUUUUUUUUUUCACUUGGCCAGAAAAGUUGAGAGCACCAGAUAUGCAAACCUCCCUUCCUCCUCCUGUAUAACGCGCCCGAGCGAGGCCACAGGGAACUUUAUGCAACAUCUCAUUGGUUUAUUGCCUGCCUGGUUAUAUAUAGAUAUAUAUAUAUAUUACAAAUAAAAUGAAAAAAACGACAAAAACAAACACAUAAAUCUGCAUUAAGAUAUUAAUCCUGCAUGCUGGACAUGUAUGGUAAUAAUUUCUAUUUUAUACACUUCUUUCUUGGUUUCUUUGUUUCUUUCUUUGUGUUUAUUAUGUAUCAUAAAGAGCAUGUUUUUGAUCUCUAGCUCUUUUUUGGGGGGGAUGUGAGACUGGUUCUCCGGUCGCUCAUUGUAUGGGUUCAUCUGGACUUGUAAAUAUAUGCAACAGCAAACCUACAAACCGACAUCGAAGAGCUGAUUGUUUCCCAACUCUUAUGAUUUGUUUCAUGUAUCGGGUAUUGGCAAGGGAUUUCCAGUAACGGGCAUUUUGCGGCUGCAUUUAAAGCAAGCAAACUUUGUCAAAGAAGCGCACUUUGGGGGGUAAUGAUUUUAGAAUUGGCAGUUUUUAUUUCUAUUUUUUUGGAUUGUUUCUUGGUUUUAGCAGACAUGCCGCACACGCACAUUUAGUCAUAGAUGAAUCUAAAGCACGCCUUUCAUUUGAACUGGUGCUCAUAGUCUCACGUCUAGCUGUAGCAAGACACAAGUGUGUGUGUGUGUGUGUGUUUCUUCUUCAUGCAAACUGUUGCAUAAUCUAUUGCUAUUUUAUAAUAUAAGCAAUACGUUUAGGUCGUGUCUUUUUUGAUGGAUAGGAUUUCAACGAAUGGGCACACUUUCAUCGACAUUUCUUAUUUCUUUUUUUCUUUUUCUUUAAAGCUAUAUGAGCUGCCAGUUUUAUAAACCAACAUUUCAAAAUGUGGUUAUUAUAAUCCAGCUCGAGGGUGUAGGCUUCUUAAAUCAGGGGUUUGUGUAUUAUCGUCUAACAUGAAAACUGCGCAUGUAUUUCAACGGAGAGUUUCAAUGAUCAAAUGUUAAAUGUUUGCCUUUAUUUUUUUCUCUGCCGGUCAGUAAAAAAUAAGGGAUUCAGGUUCUGCAUAAUCUCAAAAUGAAAAGUAUAUGUCUCAUGUUAUUGUUCUGUUUAUUAUUAUUAUUUUUUGCUCUAUUUUUGUUUUCAUUAUUAUGUCGAUAUUCUGGUUCUGCUGGCCAGAUGCAUAGUUUUUAUUUUAAUGAUUAAAUUAACAAACUGUCAGAUCAUAUUGAAUAAGCAUGGUGCUUGCAUCUAAGAAACAUUUGUUAAAAAGUCUCGCAUUUAACAAUCUUUUUGGUUUAUUACUGAUUCAACUGUGUUGAAAUCAAAUGUAAACUGCAGCAGCAGGUUGUUGUAUUGUUUGUUAAUUUCAUGUAUUAUGAGGGGAUCAAUUUUCAAAUCUGUUUAUAUGAAAAAAAAUAGAGUUUAAUUCGGAUUGUUCCAUUCAGGCUGGUUUCUGUUUCAUUUUUGCUGUUUUUGGAAGAAAUGAUUUCUUAUUUUGCUUAUUAAAGUCCGUGAAAUGGCA